AUGCUCGAGCGUGCUUCGUCAUGCGUUGAGCCAGUUUCUCAUCUCCUACUUCGCCGACUGGAACCUCCUGUUCGAAGUCGUCGUAUCCUUGGGCCAACGUUUUGGAGAAAUGAGGCGGACGAGCUGUCAGUACCACACUGGUGGCCUCUGUACCUGGACAACAUUAGGGGCAAGUCCGCGAGUCGAGGCCGGCUUGAGCGAGAGCGCUACUUUGCUAGGUCCCGGCACCCUGCAGAAAAGGCGAAAUAUAGCACAAGUCAAUAUUCUUCAUUGGUAACCGAUGCGCCAGGCGAGUCACCAAGAGCCCGUGCGAGGCCAACAAGGCGUGAGGCAAAAGAGGUUUCGAAAGCGCGACGUUUCAAUACGAAUUCCCUGGCACGGGUGGAUUUUGAGGUCGAGAAAUACGUGAAGAGCCUGCCAGACUCGCAGGCCCAGGCAAGCCCGUCAUCAGACAUUGAUCCAACAUUUGCCGAUGGUACUAGCUCUACGGCCACUAUCCAUGAUGAGAAAUGGAUAGAUUCUGAGGUCGAGAGCGUCCAUGAACCCUCUUCCACAAGACGCGAUCCUGAUUUAUCGAAUGUUACCACCGCCCAGACGGUCAAUGAUGCCGAAAGACAGCUUCGGCGGAUGCUCCGCAGCCAUGGCUCUAGUGACGGCCAGGGGACGGAAAGCAAGAACUUUGAGGCAGUUUGGGCAUUAUUCAAGCGGCUGCCUGAUCAGGAGGCAUACGCGGCCCAAGUUUUCCAUCUCAUGUCUAGUUCAACAGCGCAACAACAUCUAAAGGUUGCGCUCAGAGCCUUCAAGCUCAUCCCACCUGAAAAGCGGAGCGCAACAGACUAUGAACGCGCUGCUCGAACGGCCAUACAACGGAAUGAUUACCGACAGGCAAUCUCAAUCAAUGCAGAAGCGACUUCCCGUGAAGCAAAUCACCACUGCAGUGCAUUCUUACUGUUGCAUACCGCCUCUCAUCAAUUGUGGAAUGCAGCGGCACAAAUCUGGUCUACAUCAUUUGAGCCUCUCAAAAGAAGUCGCCAAAGAUUGUCCACAUCGCUAGUUGGGGAACAGUUGCUGAAACAAGCGGACAAAUACCAGAACCUGCCCUUGGCCAUCUCGAAUCUUGCGAAGGAAAUUACAGAUCGGCGUGCAGUCGUGAUGCACCAAGCUGGAAUUCUAUUGCAAUUGGGUCGCGACCUUCUACAUAUUCUUGUGACAACUGGCAGGCUCAUGAGCGCAGUGGAGCCUGCGCUAUUGAUCUCAACCUUGGACUACUAUGAGGAGCUACAAUCGCUCAAUCCGACCGUCCAUCUGGAUGCCAUAAAUACCCUUCUCAAGUCUGCCAGGAGACCAGACAGGGGGAAAUUGGCGGGCGUGGUCUAUCAUCAUCUUCGGGACAACUUCCCGCAGUUCCAACCACCUCCUUCCCUCUACGGCUCGAUCUUGUCGAUUCUCUCCAACGAAGGUGCUCCUUUCGAGGUCUACAUGUACUAUUUGCGCCAGUUCGCUUAUAUACAUGGUGCUGCGGACAAGAAGAGCUAUCAAAAAGUCCUUACUGCGCUUGCGGGGCAGGGUGAUGUUGACGGUGUCCAAGCCGUAUUUGUGGAGCUGUGCAAGGUCCACUCACGCCCAACAGAUGUCGCUUAUUUCACACCACUCUUAUACGCCUACGCCCGGCUGGGCGACGUCAAAGGUACUGAGCGGGAGUUUGAACGAUUGCGAGAUUGGGGGGUCAAGCCGACCUUGUAUUGCUGGAAUAUUCUCCUCUAUGCCUACGCGAGGUCUUUCGAACCAGAGCGAGCCUUUGACAUCUUCGAGAAGAUGAGAUCCGAGGCUGUUCUCCCCGAUGUAUACACCUUUGGGACGUUAAUGGGGAUAGUCGCACGGGCCGGAGACGUCGAUGCCGUCCUGGAAAUUAUCGAGCAAGCACAGCAAUAUCAAAUCAAAGGCAGUUACGAAAUGAUAUCUGGCUUGGUACAAUCCUACUGCCUCAAUGGCCAAGCAGACAUCGCUGAAAGGCUUGCGGAAGCGACCACCAAGUCCAGGUUUGAAGGCGCGCCGGUCAAGAUGUGGAAUUAUCUCUUGAGAUACUACGCAUUCCAGGCCGACUCUGAAGGCGUGCUGAGGGUGCAGCAAAGCAUGGACUCCCUUGGGGUGAAACCGGAUGGCAUGACUUAUGCUGCCCUAAUGGCUGCGCUUGUUGUCAUUGGCAAGUCUCGGGACGCCGCCCAGAUUCUGCAGGGCCUCAGAACGAGUUCUACCCUCACCGCUACGCCUUUUCAUUACUCAAUAGUCCUGCAGGGCUAUGUUCAGGAAGGGAAGAGAGAUGAGGCACAAAAGAUGUACCGCGAAAUGGUUAAAACCUUUCCAACACCGAGUCCUAGUGCACGUCUGGCUAUGCUUCACCUGCAAGGCGUUCGCAGUCUCGACGCAAAAGAAUCAGCCAAUCAUGCCAGCGACUCACUUGGGACGAUCCUGUACGAGUUGGCACAGCAGGACCGGGCGACCAAGCAACCGCAACCAGGAUUCGGGCGGCGUACAGCCGUACAUGCGCUUCCUUCGAUUCAUUUAGAAUUCAUGGCAGGUAUUCUCGCGUCCAGGGGGAAGACUGAACAAGCAGAUAAGCUCCUUGGACGAUUUGAGUCGCUGUCGGGGUCAUCAUAUCUCGAUCUGGACCAAAGCGCUCAAGAAUCGAUCGGCCUGUUGACCACGCGGCUGAUCAUAUCCACCCAACAACGGAAUUGGGACAUGGUUGAGAGGACUUGGAGCCAAGUACUAGACCUAGCCGUCAAAGCUGCAGCUCCAUUCUCGGGGAUCCGCAAGAGGCCUGCCACCGACUAUGAGACCUUCAAACCUCGGCCGGCACCAACGGAGGAAUCUCCCACGGGCAUCGACUUGAUCGGUGGUCCCGAAUUCUCCUUCACGUCGAUGAUAUCCCCCGUCUCGUCGCCCGCGACGCACGCUACUGAUUCUCCCCUCGAUCGACCUGGCCUCCAAAUCCUUUUCUCACAGAGAUAUAUUCUCGAAGCCCCGAUUACAAGGUACCUGAGGGCCCUAGACAUUCAGGGUCUCCACCAGACUGCUGUUGAGCUUGUCGAGAAGCUUCAGAAAGUGGGGUUCACCCUGUCUAGCAAGAACUGGAAUUUCUACAUUCAGAUGUUGACCCGAUCGUCUGACCCGAAACACUGGAUUUUGGCCUUCAAGACUUUCGAGGAGAGGUUCCUCCCGAAUACUCCACCUUGGCGUCAUCUUCGCGCUGGCAAAUGGUCGACGCCAUCGUCCGCAAAAGACACAACAGCUGGUGCUCUGGAGAUAUUCCGCCGGAAGACUUUGGAGAAACUCGACCGGGGCCACCUUCUGCCGACGUAUGUGACAGCCGUCCAUCUUGCGGCCAUUCUCCUUGAAUCGAAUCGUCGCGCCACCCGAGGAGACUCCUCCAUCAACGUCGAGCUCUGGAGAAGCGCUCCUGGAACAUAUCGCUAUAUUCGACGGAUUCCGCGCUCCAAGGACCGGAUUCAGGGUGGCGUCCUGCGUGGAAGAAACAUUCUCGGCAAUCUCCAAAAGCCUCCUCGUCGGGGAAUUACUCGUCAACCUGGGCCGAGCAAACCCAAGCUGGUCAAUGACUCGGUGGCGCUGGAGGCUGGAACAUCCACCCAUGAUGCCGAAGAUGCUACCUCAGGCGUUGAUGCGACCUCUGCAUGGCUCCCUUUCCUCUCGUCUAACCGUGCGAAGGUGAAGCGGAAGGACAGGCUAGAUUCACCUCCAGUCCAGGGCGCUCUGUACAAUCCCGACGACAAGCGUCUUGAAAAACGCGCCGAAGCUCAGAAUAGAAUGCGUGAACAUCGAAGUGCACUGUUGGACGACGCUACGCGGCACCGCAAAAGUGGGAGAUUCAAUCCUAGGAAGCUGGAGGCUGUGGUCCCCAAGUCAACGUCCCACUGUCGACGUCAACAUCGCAGUCGGUCUGACUCCUCUGGGACGGACGUCAACCCGGCAAGAUCAGAAGCCCCGACUGGCGCAGAGCAGGCCCAGGCGAUUGAAGGCAAAGAAUGA